GAGGAAGAAGUUGUUACUCGUCAGAAAAUAUUUUAACAACACGAAUCUCGUCCAAAAGUGAAACUUCAUGAUGGCGGACGAAGCACAGAAAGCGACUUCUAUCGCCGAUUUUGCCGGUGUGACUGGAGUAGACGCUGCAAGAGCUAAGUUUUACCUCGAAUCAUCCGGAUGGCAACUCCAGGUUGCAUUGGGCAGUUUCUACGACAAUGACAGCGGGGACGACGUCACCUUCCAAGACGCCUCAGACGAGCCGCGGCCAGCCGAUAGAGGGCCACAAGAGGUCGUCGACCUCUCAGGCGAAGACGCAGUGGAGGGGUUGGGGAGAAUUGAGGGUAGAGGAGUCGGAAGUCGAAAGCCAAAGACGUCAAGUUCGUCGUCUGCAAGGCUCCACACAAUAAAUGAUUUUGGGAAGGAGGCGGAGGCGGAGAGUGACAGUGGGGAGGAGGGGGAGACGUUCUAUGCUGGGGGCUCAGACCAUGGAAGUGGGCAGCAAGUUGUCGGACCACGAAGGAAGAAAGCUAAUACAAACAGCAUCGUCAAUAACAUCUUCAAGAGUGCAAGAGAGCAUGGAGCAGAGGAAGUUGGCGCAGCCGGCCCGUCGAGAACGGACGGUCAGACCUCCAACUUCAUCUUCAAAGGAGCAGGGUACCGACUAGGGGACAGUGAGACGGGCCCCAUUAGGCCAGUCCCGGGAACCGAGGGAACUCUGCCCGAGAAAGAAGAAGAGAGCCAUGUCGUCCUCAAGUUAUGGAAGAAUGGAUUCAGUGUUGACGGCAAUGAGCUGAGAGACUACAAGGACCCACAGAAUGCUGCCUUCCUUAAUUCAAUCUCAAAGGGGGAGAUUCCGAUGGAGCUUGUCAGACAAUCAAAAGGAGGUCAGGUUAACCUUGACCUCGAGGACAAGCGAGAAGAAGAAUUCGUCAGGCCAAAGGUCAAGGUCAAGGCAUUUAGCGGCGAGGGCAACAUGCUCGGCAGCCCAGUACCCAACAUUGUUUCCACCCCAUCUUCAGCUGUUAAUGAGUCCUCGGCCCAGCAGGCUCUUAGCGUUGACGCGUCACAACCUGUCACUAGUAUCCAAAUCAGACUUGCCGACGGAAAAAGGUUGGUGAGCAAGUUCAACCACACUCACACGGUAGCUGAUGUCAGACGCUACAUCAUAAUCGCUCACGCUCAGUUCGCCAACCAAGCAUUCGCUCUACUGACCACGUUUCCCAACAAAGAACUCACGGAUGACUCACAGACACUCGCUGAUGCCAAGUUACUCAACGCCGUCAUCGUACAACGACUCAAAUGAACACAAUUUGAAGAGUCAACUGGGUAAACAUUUCUUAAAAUUUUCUUCAAUUCCCCAUAUUAUUUUAACCUGUUUUCCUGAAGAUGGUUAAAUAUACAUGUAGAACUUUGCUAAGCAGAGAAAGGUCUUGCUUAGCAGAAACAGGUUACCAGCCAAAUAACAUGUUAUGAUUAUUUAUUGUGCCUGGUAUCCUGCCAGGUUACUCAACACCGUCAGCGUACAAGGACUCUAGUGAAUAAAAUCGAAAGUACGGCCGGGUGAAAAUUUCUUAAGUUGUUACUCUUCCUCUUUUUUUUCAGCUGUUGAGCGCAACCCAUUUUCCUGAAUUUUGUCAAAAUACAACUCUGCUUAGCAGAGAAAAGUUUUACUUAGCAGAAACAGGUUACUGGCCAAAUAACCUGUUAUGACUGUUAAUUGUUGUAUUAUACCGGUGCCCUGCUUACUUAUACUCAGCAAGAUAACUCGUUGAAGACAUUUAUCUGCCUAAACAGCUUUAUGAACUUUCUGACUGGCCGCAGUACAUAAACACUAUUACUGCAAAAGGCCUCAAAUUUUAUUUAUUUCUCUUGUGUAUUGGUCAGAAAUGAAAGUGUUCUGAUGAACACAUUUAAAAAUCUUUCACGCUGAUUUUUGAAAGCAUUUCCCCUGUUCUGUUGAAUGUAAUAUUGUUAAUGUGAAUAUCUCCUCUAUUGUUAAAGACAGUGGACACUAUUGGUUAUUGUCAAAGACCAGUCUUCUCACUUGUUGUAUCUCAACAUAUGCAUAAAAUAACAAACCUGUGAAAAAUUGUUUGUUUGUUUGGUUAUUUUUUUCAAUCAAAACCCACAAACAUUGCUUACAAAACACACAGGUGUUUAUUUACGAGCGCGAACAACAAUUUUUAAAGAGGACAAGGAGCAGUUCCAAAGAGCUGGCCCAAUUUUCAUAGCUCUGCUUACCGCCCAAUUUUGCACAAGCUGUGUAAGCGUAGAAUGCCGAGUAACAUGGAGUACACACGCCAACAAACCAAAUAUCCCUGCUAACCGGUAAAAUACGCUUGACGUAAGCGCAUAAUUCCCUGCUUCCACAAAGACCGAUUCUUUGCUUACGGUAAGCAGAGCCAUGAAAUUGGGCUCAGAUUUGAAAGAUUUUGAGACAUUUGAAAGCAGUGUGCCCUUUAAAAAUGUUACCCCAAAUGUUCAUUCAAUAGAGGUUUCGGAGGCAGUAUCUUGUUACAUAAUACAUGUAAAACUAUGGACACAAAGUGUCCAAUUUGUUUUAAUUAAGAGAAAAUUAUAAUAAAAUUGUCUUUGAAAAAAUUAA